AUGUUUGAUACAAGUGAUAAUUCGUUUGUUGGUGAUCAUACUAUUAAUUCUGAUUUUAAUGAGACCCAUAUUUCAAGUGAACAAGAUACUCAAAAUGAUCUAUACCUUGGCGGACAAGGCACUGCUAAUGGGUUAGGUGAUGCCACUGAGAACGGGGACUCCGAUCCCACAUCUAAGGACAAGAAUCCCAAACUGUCAAAGGAACUAAAAACUAUAAUAAGCAACGCAAACUCUCUGCUGACGUCUUUAGAGGAAGAACACAGGCAUGAUCUUGCGAUCCACCUCUACUCUUCAUACCUGUUAAGGAAACUUUUGUAUCAGGCACAUGAAAAGAAACAUUUUCAGGAGGUAGACAUAUUUAUCAGGACUCAGAUCAGAGAAGGUUGGGCCAGUUGGCCCAAUCCCAAUACUACAAUCGACCCUCAACUGGAUAGGGUUUACGAGGAUAAUUUUAUGGCAGAACGACGGGUCGAUGUAAGUGACGAAAUGCGGAAUGAAAUAGAUGCUUUCGAUAAGAAAGAGUACCGGAAAAUAUCAGAUUACUCCAUGAAACACGCAAGGAAUAUGCUGCGGAUGGAACUAAAUUCACAUUGGCAACAUCGGUUACAACAAGCCGCAUGCAAAACCGGCAAGACACUUGAUGUGAACAGCAUUGACAUACCUACCGACAUCUCAAACGAAAUCAUGAACAAGUUGGAUCAUUUUCUAGCUGGUCUGAACACAAAAAUUGCCAAGAUUAACAAAUUCGACGUUAAACAAAGUGAUUCCGAGAAGAAGCUAACUUUGAUCCAGAAAGACAUUGGCCAAUUGAAAUCCAACAGACACAUAGAGUUUGACUACCAUGAUAUAAUCAGCCGAGGUUGUGAGAUGGGAAUCGACAUGCGGAAUAUAUACAUGAAGAGUCUAGAGCUAUACAACGACAUACCGUCCAAGUUCGACAAAUCACAGUUUAAGAUACCCAAACAAAUAUUGGCAAAGUACAAACCCGCGGCUGCUGAUCCCAGCAAGGACAAAUUCAACGAAAUAGUCUCACGUAUGAAGGACGACUAUGUCUUAUUUGAUAACUUAAUAUCGGAUAAACGCCUAACUUCCACAAGUAAACUACCAUGGAAGAAACUGUAUAAGAAGGAAAAAGAUUUACUUCUGGCAAAGAAGGUGUUUUUCUAUGUCAAGGGGUAUCAGGAAGAAGAAAGCUCCGAGGAUGAAUACUCAGCUGAAGAUUGCAUAGUCAAAAUACCAAGACGACACUAG